AUGAAGGUCGCCAUCCUCUUCCUCGCCGCCGCGCUAGGCUCUGCAAGCGCUUCACCGGCCCAAAACUCGCAGAAUGCGUGUGAUUGCGACAAGCGUUAUCAAGUCGCUCCUAUCAGCGAGGAUGAAGGGUGUCCUCUUGGCUACACGGCCACCCUGAUUUCUGGGAACUUUGAAUGCGUUCAACCCGGUUGCUCUGCUGAGGAAUACGCGAAUUGCCGCCGCAGCAGCAAUCCAUCUUUAAAGGUAGAGCCCGCCGUGUGGUUGCAGCUCUGUUCAACUCUACACCGGAUACUUGACGCUGAAGAAAACCACCCUACUACUAGAGAAGCUAUGCAUCAUCAUUAUGCCCAAGAAGAAAAAGCCAAGGGUACAUAUAAUGCCCUAGUUGGCGCCAUGGGCGGCCGUGCGUCAAAGGCCAAGUAG